AUGUAAAUGGAGAAGACUCGUGUGAUUUCCCUCUCUUCGCUUCUUCUUCUUCUCCUCCUUCUAAGCCUCGAAGGCGUUCACGCAGGCUUCCGCUGUUACGACGCAUUCUUCCCUUCCAACAGUUCCUACCGCGAAAACCGCGACCUUCUCUUCUCUUCUCUCCCUUCAAACGUGAUCGCCAAACGCGGUUUCCACAACGCUUCGCUCGGAAGAGACUCCGACAGAGUUUACGUCGUUGCCCUCUGCAGACGAGGCUUCAACCCUCAACCCUGUCUCAGUUGUCUCGACAAAGUGAUUCAGAACAUGAAGCAAGGUUGUCCUGAUCGGAUACGAGCAUUUUCGUGGGACGGCGACGAAGACGAAGACGUCUCUUGUCUUGUACGUUACACAAACGCUUCAACUUUCAGAAAACUGGAGCUCAGACCAAUCACUGAGAGCCCUCAUCCGAACAGUAUCGAAAAAUCGGUAAAUCUUACGCUUUUCGAACAAGAAUGGGACUCGAUGGUUAACCUAACGAUCCAAGCGGCUUCUUCAGCUGAUAAUUCGUCGGUGUUGAAGUACUACGGAGCCACGAGAUCGGAAUUUACGGAGGUUAUGAACGUUUAUGCACUGAUGCAAUGCACUCCCGAUAUAUCGGCUGGCGAAUGUAACCAGUGCCUUAGAGAAAACGUUGCGUAUUAUAAAACCCGAUACUGGGGACGACAAGGAGGUGAGAUUGCAAGGCCGAGCUGCUUCUUCCGGUGGGAUCUUUAUCCUUUCUACGAUGCUUUCGAUAACGUAACCAGAGUUCCUGCCCCUCCACGAGCUUCACCUCCUCCUCUGGUCAACAACGGUGGAUCAAAGAUUGCGAUAAUUGUUGUUCCCACCGUUAUUAACGUUUUUGUGUUCGUUGCUCUCGUUUCUGCUUAUUCCCGGAGGAGGAGGACGAAGUCGUAUAUCGAACUCAACGAGUCCAGUGAUGGUAAGUUUACACUACGAUUCGAUCUCGCCACUAUUAAAAACGCAACGGAUGACUUCUCGCUUGAAAACAAGCUUGGACAAGGUGGAUUUGGUUCUGUCUACAAGGGGGUGUUACCGAACGGACAAGAGAUAGCGGUGAAGAGAUUGGCUGGAGAUUCAGGACAAGGGAAUCUGGAGUUCAAGAACGAGGUCUUGAUUCUGACAAGACUCCAGCACAGGAAUCUUGUUAAGCUUUUUGGAUUCUGCAACGAAGGAGACGAAGAGCUUCUCGUGUACGAGUUCGUGCCAAAUUCAAGCCUUGAUCGCUUCAUAUUCGAUCCAGACAAGCGUUCAACUCUUACGUGGGACAUAAGGUACAAAAUAAUCCAAGGCAUUGUUAGAGGGCUUCUUUAUCUUCACGAGGAUUCACAGCUAAGGAUUAUACACCGUGAUCUGAAGACAAGCAACAUCCUCUUAGAUGCCGAGAUGAACUCAAAAGUAUCGGAUUUCGGGAUGGCGAGGUUAUUCAACAUGGACGAGACUCGCGGAGAAACAAGCCGGGUGGUUGGAACAUAUGGAUAUAUGGCUCCCGAGUACGUUCGAAACGGACAAUUCUCAGCCAAAUCCGACGUUUACAGCUUCGGGGUCGUGCUCAUGGAGAUUAUAAGUGGUCAGAGGAACAAUCAUUUCGAAGUAGAAGGACUUCCGGCAUUUUGGGUUGAAGGAAAGGCCGGAAAUGUGAUAGAUCCCGUUUUGAGAAACGGUCCACAGAAUGAGACAAUGAGGUUCAUACACAUAGGUCUUUUGUGCGUUCAAGAGAAUAUUUCCAAAAGGCCGACCAUGAAUUCGAUCAUUCAAUGGCUUGGAAGCGAAACAACUACGAUGCCUUUACCGACAGGUCCUGCUUUCAUGGUUCAUUCUCUCGCAGAUUCAGACGCUUCGUCUUCCAAAUUGCUUAAAUACGGCCCUUUGAAUCCGUACAAUAAUGGUGAAGAUGGUACGUGCUCGUCGAAUGAUGCUACGGUUUCAGAGUUAUAUCCUCGUUGAAGUUGCAUGCAUGCA